GUUACUGCAUAUUUAUUAGUUUUCUUCAGAAAUAGGAAUGUAACAUAUUGUGACAGAUGAAACUUUUGUUAUUAUGUGACUUGACUAGCCUGGUUCUUUGGUUAGAUGAAGCCGGUCAACAAAGUGAAGAUUUUGGAGCUAUGCCAUCUUGGGAUGAUGAUGGUGGAUUUCCUGGGGCUUUUGAUGAUACUUUUGAUGAUGGCAAUGCAUUUAGUGAUGUUGAGGAGUCAAGUACACUUGUCUCUCAACCUCGCCAGGUAAACAAGAUUGAAGUCCAGUAUGAUAAAACAUCCAAACAAGUAGAUGUUCAAGUGCUUAAGGAAACACUUUGGGACCAAUUAAAUCAAACAUCAGUUAAGGAAGAAAGUGUAUCUUUCAAGCACAUCUUGGCUGCUUUACCAAAUGAAUGCAGAGCGUCAGCAUCGAUUGAGGCUCUAUCUCCACAUUUAUGCUUUAUUUGCUUGUUGCAUCUUGCAAAUGAACAUGGAUUACGGAUACAAGGUUGUGUCAACUUGGAUGACCUCAGUAUACAGCUCGAAGCUCACAACAAUAGUCUCCCUAAUGCUGUGGCCUAAGCAAUCCUUGCUUUUACUACUGUAAUGUAUAUCAGAUGUAGAUUGGCCUUUCAUUUAUUGCACAUGCUACUUUCCUUUCUGGGAUGGAGCAGUGCAGGAUACUGGUGUGAAUGUCUUUUAUUGCAUUUCCAAGUUCUAGGUUAAUUAGAUACCAACAAACAGUUAUGAAUGUAACCACUAUCCUUGUGGUCAUUCUUGUCCUCGAGUUGACUACCAGUAAUCUGUGUAGAUGCAGUCUCGGGGUGCGGUGUUUAUUUAUGUAGUCUGUGAUCUUGUUAUUCU